GCACGAGGCAGAGGAACGGAGACAGGUCCUCGGAAGCCUCUUUCCAGAAAAUCUAAUUUCAUCAUUGAGAAAUCUUCUGUCUUAAACAGCCUCCGCCACCGCCAUAAAUUUACAUAUUCUAUAUGCCGCCGGAACGGAGUGGGCCCUAUUUGCAUAAUGCUGCUGGAGGGGCUCAUGCUCCUCUUGAACCUGAAUGUAGCAGGAGCGAGGAAGCAAUUAUUAAGCUGUAGACGUUGGCAGGGAGAGAGGCCUCAGAUGGAUUUCGACUCCAAACCUCAUUCGCCAGGGCUGCUCAUUACCGAAGGCCUGGAUCCCAGGCUGAAGGUGGAUCCCAGGGCUGGGAAAAAUCAGUGUGAAUUGCUUUCUCCAGGUUAUGGCUGCAGCCAGGCCGAGGCCAGAUGUGGGGGGUCUUUGAGCAUCCUGGACAAUUCAUUGCUUUGCUCAGCCAUUUAUUCAACAAUCACAGGACACUGGACACAGAGUUGAACAAAACAAAUGAACUUCCUGCCCUCACAAGGAUUACGCUCUAGAGCAGGAAGGCAAACCUUCAUCAAACAACAUGUAAAUACAGUCAUGCGUCAUUUAACAACACGGAUAUGUUUUGAGAAAUGUGUCAUUAGGCGAUUUCAUCAUUGUGCAAUCAUCAUGGGGUACUUACACAAACCUAGAUGGUAUUACUAUUUUUGCAUAUUUUAAUUUACAUGUUAGGUUGGUGCAAAAGUAAUUGUGGUUUUGCCUUUAAAGUAAUGGCAAAAAUCAUGAUUACUUUUACACCAACCUAAUAUUUUUUUCAUAUGGAAAACCAAAUGUUUCAGCACCGUUACUGAAUAUCAAUCAUUUUCCCUACUUGAUCUGCAAUGUCAAUAUCAAAUGACACUCAUCAGGUUUCUAUAUAGGUUCCAUUAUAAUCUUAUGGGACCACAGUCAUAUAUGUGGUCCAUUGUUGACUGCUAUUUUGUUAUGCGGUGGAUAACUAUAUAUAUCAUAUCUCCACUAAGGAGAGAGGUUAAGAUGGAGUCACAGUAGUUGGCCUGGUCUGAUAGAUUGGGAACGGCAUCUCUGAGGACUAGGGCUGAGAAGAGUUUAGAACUAAAGGAAGAGGGGGAAGGAAGGGCCUCCCUGGCAGACAGAGCAGUGAGUACAAAGGCCAUGUGGUGAAAGGAAGUAUUGGAAGUGAUUGGGAGUAAAAUAAUGGACGUGAGAAACUUUCAAUAGGUACACGAAGGAUUGUAUAAAACCCUAAAAUGUUUAGAACCCUGGUGUCUGAGCCAAUAACUCUGGAACUGUGGCCUAAAGAGCACUUAUUCAGAAAUGCAGGCCCCAGCUCUCUUGAAUCAGACUCCAGUGGCAGGACUCUGGGAUGUAUGUUUUACUGAAAGAUUAGAUACAGCUUAAAGCUUUAAAACUUGUCUGUUUGCAUGACUAUGUCCCUCUGCAGCCUGCAACCUGGGAGGACUGGGACCCUAUCUUAUAUAUCCGUAUGUAUCUCCUAUGCUUGACACAGAAGAGAAUAUACUUGUUGAAUGAGUGAAUGAAAUGAUUCAAUGUUUGCUCAAUGUGGAACGUUGUCAUCAUCAUCAUUAAGGAGAAUAUUGCAAGACAAGUUAUAAAGCUCAUCUCACAAACAGAUCCUGGAGAUUUUGGGUCCUCUGAGAUCAAAUCUUGAAGUGCAAUUGGCAUUUCCAGGAGUGGAAUCCAGGACUCACACCCAGAACAAGCAAAGACACAGUGGCGGUGAGAUCAUUACAUACACUCUCCUGAAGCACUCCCCUACCAUCUCCCUUCAACACAGUAUUUUGGCAAGUAUUGCUAGAAAAAUGGGAACUAUGAUGUAUUGAGUACCUACCAUGUGUUACCUCCUAUAUGAGCUUUAUCUCAUUUAAUCUUGGCAGUGGUCUUAUUUUACACACAAAGAAACUGAGGCUCAGAGAGGUGAAGUCACUAAGUCAGGUAAUGGCAGAUCUGGCAUACAAACCUAAGUCUAUGUAUCACCUGAGCCCAAGCUCAUUGCUUCUUCCUGACCAUGCUUCUUCCCUUUCAGCAGUUCCACUCCCAAGGCUCCCCACUCCAUCCCCAUGAUAAGCCAAAGUUGAGUAAACUGGACACCAGAAUAAUAAGUGGGAAAGAGAGGGACAGGUCUGAUGAGUUACCAUGAAAUGAGCACUGGACUGUGGGUCAAGAGGCCAACCCCAGCUUUGCUGCUGACAUUCUGUGUUGUCUUGAACAAGUCACACCCUCUCUUAGGGUCUCCAUUUCUUCAUCCAUAAGUGAAAUAAAUCUAUAAAAAUAUCCACCUGUCUUGUAUCAUGGACUUUAAUGAGAUAAUGUCUAGAAAAAAGAGUUCUAUGGCACAAAUAAAAUAAGUGUAGUAACUAA